AUGUUUUCAGCAAUACAGUUUGUCCUUUCGGAUGAAUUCAGCCAUCUGAAAGCGGAGCAGCGGGAGAAGCUGAUACAUGAAGGCACUGGUGAUCGUGUUGGAACAGCUAGCGUGGAGAUAGUUUUCGACAACAGCGAUCAUCGGAUUGUUGCGGUUGAGGGAACUGAGGUACGAGUGGUGCGCCGCGUUAACGCCAAAAGAGACCAGUAUUUCAUCGAUUCAAAAUCGUCCACACGUAGUGAGCAAGGAAAAAUCAACGAAUUGGCCAUAUCGCCGGAUUCUUACAGGCUCAAAUUAUUGCGAGAGGUGGCCGGAACUCGUGUCUACGAUGAGCGAAAAGAGGAAAGCUUGAAAAUAUUGCGUGAAACACAGUUGGUAGUACAGGUGAAGGAACGAAAGGAUCUAAGGGCCCGGCGUAGCUGCGUAAAGCGUGUGUUUGCACUGGAUUGUCAUGUUACCAAUGAUUUGCUGACUGUGCAAAAUCGUGCGCUACAAGCUUCGAUUGAGCAGCGAAAACUGGAGGCACGCUUCAAGGGUAUGCGAGACGAGAAAGAGGCACUGCUUGCCGAGCAAACCGAAAGAGUGCAGAAGAAAACCGAACUGGAUUUGCUGAUCCGAGAUUUGCGUGAAGAUGUGGAAAAAGAACGCUCCGGCAGAGUGAGGAGGCAUUUCUUUCGUUCCGGAAUGUAA